AUGAAGCAGGUGGCCGUGCUCGGUUGCGGUGCUUGGGCUACUGCAAUUGCCCGAUUGAUAGCCCAGAACAUCAAAGAUUCAUCCGAAUUCAUGGACACAGUAAUGAUGUAUGUGUACAACGAAAAAUAUGAUGGUGAAUGUCUGGCAGAUUCCAUCAACCGAUUACAUGUCAAUUCAUUGUACUUUCCCGGAUUUAAACUUCCUGAAAAUCUUGUUGCUUCGACCGACUUGAAAAACAUAGUUUCGCGCUCGGACAUUAUUGCCAUUGCUUAUCCGGCCAAGUUCGUUCCGUGGUUAGUUGAGCGGGUUCAACGAUAUGUCCUGCCUACGAGCUACUUCAUUUCGUUUUGCAAAGGCGUUGUGCUCGAUUAUGAUGAAACCUGUCUCCGCCUAGUCAGUGAUAUUGUCCAUGAAAAGACUGGAAGACCUUGUUUGACCGUGAUUGGUGCUACUACUGCGCUUGAAGUGGCAUGGCAACACUAUACCGAGGCAACGAUUGGUUCAACGGACCUCGAACUGGCUAAACAGACGAAAAGAUUACUUCAGACCAGUUAUUUCCGUCUCGUCAUUUCGCCGGAUGCGGUCGGGGUCGAACUAUGUGGUGCACUUAAGCAUGUCGUGGCUAUUGCUGCUGGCAUUGCCGAUGGGCUUGCUGUGGGUGAUAAUACGAAGGCCGCAGUGUUGCGUCUCGGAUUCUGGGAAAUGUUCCAACUGAUGAAGGAGCUUUUUCCUGACAGGGGUAUCCAAGAGCUUACUCUUGAACAAAGCUGUGGAAUGGCCGAACUCUUUGUAUGUAUGUCUCACCGAUCGAAUCGUCCUCCGGCUUUGGGGUCUGAUAUGGAUCUGAUGAAUAUGUUGCUUGGACGUCAACUAACAAUGGACCGACGCAAUUCGGUAGAAGAUAGUUCGCUGUCGGAUGCCAAAAUACGCAGCGUUUGUGUCAAUGGGUCUGAAUAUGCGGAUAUGAUAAACAAGAUCCUACAACAGCGGAAACGUGUGGCACAGUACCCGUUAUUCACGGCCGUACAUCUCCUUUGUCAUCACAAGAUGCACCCCAAUCAAUUCAUUGAUCGCCUCCGGUCGCAUCCUGUGCAUCAGUAGAAUGUGUGCUCCUUGUUUUCCAUGACAGCACCGAUUGCGGCAUUGUGUAAUUUAUUUUUGUUACUUUUGACCAAAUCACUCCCACUGAUUUUUGAACUGUUUAUUUUAGUUGUCUAUGAGAACCGACCUACUAGCGUAGGCCAAUGUUCAUAGUUACCCUUUGUCCAAACCUUGUUCCUUGUAGUCAGUCUAUAAAUUGCAUCUCAGCGUCAGCUCUGUCGAAUAUUAAAUCGGAUGUUUCCAUCCGAAACUUCCGCAGUUCUGUUUCUUUUUGGAAUGG